CCACGAUCAGCAGCACCUGAGCAUCGAUAUCGCCCACGAUGCGGGUACCCCCAGGUUUCCCCGUGUCUGUUCUCGGGCUUGCGGCCCAGGUCCCCCUCCAAUCCUCCCUGAACACCACCAGCAUGGCUACCCCCAACUUCGCUUUCGCGGAGGGGGCGAACAUUUUCUCCCCAAAGGAUCUCGUCGGACUGCCGAGGGCUGGUACGGGUGUUGCAAACGCUGCGGGAGAUCUCGUGUUUGUUCCGGUGAGCCAGUAUUCGCUCAAGGACAAGAAGAACUCCAAGUCGAUCCAUGUUGCUGCAGUCGAGAGCACCAUCUUGCCGUUGGAGAUCCCGCUGACCAGCGGCGGAGAAGCCUUCUGGCUCGACGAUCGCACCCUCGCGCAUGCCGUAGCCGAGGGCUCCGACAAGGACAAAGUCAUCAGCCUCUAUGCCAUCUCUCUCAAGGUCGAGACAAGCAUCGCGACGCUCCCCGACUCUCCGAUCCUCAUUGGUAAAUUCCCUACGGAGACGGCCACCAACUUCCGCUACUCAGCCAAGGCCGGCAUACUCGUGUUUUCUGACUUGGUGCACGAAGACGGCGACUUGAAGAAGGUCAAAGAGAACGAUGAGGCUUGGGAGAACCGCGGUGACAACGCGUUCGUCUACGACGACACGUUCGCGCGUCAUUGGGACACUUGGGUUGGACCCAAACGGUCGUCUCUGUUCAGCGUCAAGUUGGGCAAGGGAUUCUCUGGAAAGUGGGCUCUCGGAGACGACUUCGUCAACCUGCUCAAAGGCACUGGUCAUCACGCGCCUGUCGAGCCCUUCGGCGGCACGGACGAUUUCGAUGUUUCUGACAGCCAAGUGAUCUACACCGCGAAGGACCCCAAGCUGCCGCCCGCGUGGCACACCAAGCAGAACAUCUACCUCGUGGAUAUAAACGGCAAAUCUGCGCCCAAGGAGCUCACCUCUGGCAAGCAGGGAGCUACGCACGCGCCGGUGUUCAACACUGCAGGCGACAAGGCCGCAUGGACUGAGCUCGAUCAAGAUGGCCACGAGUCCGACAGGGCGAAGCUGGUGCUCUACGACCUCAAGAAGGAGGUCCGGUUCACGAUCACCCAGGGCUGGGACCGCUCCGUCGGCUCGAUCGCGUUUGCCCACGACGACAAGACUAUCUUCAUCACUGCCGGCGACAUCGCGCGUGUCAAGAUCUUCUCCUUGCCCGUCCCCGACACGCCGUCAGCCAGCACGACCGACCCGAAGCUCCCCGCAAUCUACAGCAGCCCACGCGAGAUCACGUCGAGCGGUGCAGCUUCCGGCGUCCAGCCUCUUUCAAACGGCCGCCUGGUCUUCACUCGCUCAUCGAUGACGUCGCCGAAUGACGUUUUCGUGCUGCGAGAAUUGAACGAGAGCGGGAAGCCGAAGGUUGAUCAGCUCACGAACUUCGCGGCUGCUGGCUUGAAGGGCAAGAGCCUCGCCGCGGGGAAGGACUUCUUUUUCGAGGGUGCCGAGGGCAAGAAGAUCCACGGCUGGGUCAUCAAGCCCCCUGGCUUUAAGGAGGGCGAGAAGAAGAAGUGGCCGAUCCUGUUGGCGAUCCACGGUGGUCCUGAGGGUGCUUGGGAAGACCAGUGGUCGAACAGGUGGAACCUGAACAUCUUCGCGCAGCAGGGAUACUUCGUCGUUGCGAUCAACCCGACUGGCUCUACCUCGUUCGGUCAAGAGCUCACCAACGCCAUCAAGGAGGACUGGGGAGGCAAGCCGUUCGUCGAUUUGCAGAAGGGCUGGAAAUACGUCCUCGAUAACUUCCCCGAGGUCGACCCCGACCGCGCUGUUGCCGCCGGCGCCAGCUACGGCGGUUACGCGAUCAACUGGAUCCAGGGUCAUCCUGAGUUUGGUUUCAACUUCAAGGCUCUGGUUUGCCACGAUGGGGCCUUCGGCGCCCAGUACCACGGCUACUCCACCGACGAGCUCUUCUUCUUCAACUACGAAUGGGGAGGACGCCCGUGGGAGCCCCGCGCGCAGGAGGUCAUCAAAAAGUACGAUCCAAUCAACUUCGUGGACAAGUGGUCCACCCCGAUGCUGGUUAUCCACGGCAGCAAGGACUACCGCCUUCCUGAGACCGACGGUAUCGGCGCGUUCCACGCCCUGCAGCAGAUGGGUAUCCCGAGCCGUCUGGUCAUCUUCCCGGACGAGAACCACUGGGUCCUGAACCACCAGAACAGCUUGAAGUGGCACUACGAGGUGUUCCGUUGGCUCGGCAAGUACUCGAAGAGCGACUGAGGCGGCGAAUUCGAAGCGAAGCGUGCAGGGCCCAGCCCUCGUGUACAACACUGUCAAACCAUCUUGUUGCAGAUAUGUCAAUGUGACUGUUGUGUUGCGUGUGAUCCC